AUUCUUCCGCAGCCACAGCCGGCCAGGGUCGUCGCUUUUUCCACAGAGCCACGUAAAGUAUUAAAAAAGGAAGAGGCGCAAGUUACAGCAAACCAAGAGGUCCAGAAAGAGAGAGGAGAGAGAGGGAGGCGUGGGGACGAUGCAAGAGGCGGACGCAGGCAGCCACAAGCGACUGAGUGGAGCUCGGCCACUGCGGGAGGAGGGAGAAGGAAUCUAUUCGGUUCUUGUCUGUCUUCCUCCACCUCGCUGUCUGUGCGGGUGGUGAGCGGGUACUUUACUUUCCUUCCUCCAGGGGGUGCCGUGGUUGUGGUGGUGGUGGAGGUGAGGUGAGAGCGUUGGGAGGGGAAGAGGAGGGAGCUGUGGUUGGUUAAAGAAUCUGGUCUAUGGCAUGCCUCCGGAACAAGCAACGCCCUUUCUCCUCCCGCCUUCCUUACCACACAUGGCAUCUUCCUCCACUGCGCCCGCUCUUGUCAUCACCAUCCUCAUCAUCGUCAUCCCCUGCUCCUUCUUCCUCCUCCUCCUCUUGUUUUUAUUCUCCCGCCGCCAGCUUUGCCGCCCUUUCCCUGUUUUGCACAACGACAAGAAGAAGAAAACGAAGAUGAUGUCUGGGCUGCUCCUCUUUGUUUACUGCUGUCUCCUCCUCGUCCUUGCUUCUCACGGCCCUGCGACAGUCCAGGCAUUUACUGGAACUUAUGGCAUAAACUACGGUAGGAUCGCCAACAACAUUCCUCCACCUGAGAAUGUUGUCUUACUUUUGAAAGCAGCAAAGAUAAAGAACGUUAGGAUCUAUGAUGCUGAUCACAGUGUCCUCAAUGCGUUCAAGGGGUCUGGGCUUGAAUUGGUCGUGUCAAUUCCUAAUGAAUAUGUUAUAGACAUGAGUGUGAAUGAAGACCGGGCAAUGGAGUGGCUCAAGGAAAACGUGCAGCCCUUUCUUCCUGAUACGCAUAUCCGAGGGAUUGCUGUGGGAAAUGAAGUGUUGGGAGGGGCGGAUCAAGGACUGGCAGAAGCUCUAUUAGGUGCUAUCAAAAAUGUGUACAGUGCUCUUGGAAGGCUUCAGUUGACUGGUCUUAUUGAGGUCUCAACACCACAUUCAGAGGCUGUGUUUGCUAAUUCUUAUCCACCAUCAUCAUGCACUUUUAAGGAAAGCGUUUUCAUAUACAUGAAGCCGAUCUUGGACUUCUUUUCACAGACUGGUGCUCCCUUCUAUGUCAAUGCAUAUCCAUUUUUGGCUUACAAAAAUGAUCCUGAGCAUAUUGAUAUUAAUUAUGCCCUCUUUAAGCCAAACUCCGGAGUUUAUGAUGCAAAGACCGGUCUGCACUAUGACAACAUGUUGGAUGCUCAGAUAGAUGCAGCUUAUGCUGCACUGGAAGCUGCUGGCUAUGACAAGAUGGAAGUCCUGGUUUCAGAGACAGGUUGGGCUUCAGCUGGGGAUGAGAAUGAAGCAGGAGCUACAGUUCAGAAUGCAAGGACUUACAAUUUCAAUCUGCGCAAGCGGCUUUUCAAGAAGAAAGGGACUCCACUCAGGCCAAAGAUUGUGGUUAAGGCAUAUUGCUUUGCCCUGUUUAAUGAGAAUUUGAAGCCCGGGCCAGCAUCUGAGAGACAUUUUGGUCUGUUCAAGGCUGAUGGGAGCAUUGCAUACAAUAUUGGCUUUCGGGGACUGAAGCCUUCAGGUGCAUCUCGAUCUCUUUUAUCGUUGAAGGAUGUUAGAGCUCGAGGUUGGGUCACAUCUUACUUCAUGGUUCUCACAACCUGUAUAGCAGCCCUCCUGGCUUUGACAAUGUGAUGGGGCCAUUUGUAGAAAAUGUGCAUUGGAUGUGCUUAGAGUUGGAUCAAGGCAAUGUUCUGCUGGAUCUGGUCACCAAUGUGCAUUAGCCAUUCAUAGAUUGGUCACUUACAUGUUUUCUUGAGUUUGUGUGAUUGGAAAUAGUUGAUCAUUGUAUGUACUUCAGUACUGUUCUCUGUUGCAUGUUCAUAGGAACAUGAAUGCUAGAAGUAGAAAUAAAAUAUAAAUUGAGAAA